CAGCACUGUGCACUAGAACACCACGCAUCACCAAAACACCCAACAUAUGCAUCAUACUGUAUAAAGUCACGUUCAUACAAGAAAAAUCACGGUGGAUAAUGUCAAGGAUAUCAUAAUGCAGUCUUCUCCUCCGCCCCAAGAUGACAGGAAGACAAUUGGACUUCUGUUGACAGACCUCAAACAUGCUGCUCAGAUACCGGCGAAACAGAGAGCUGUUAAAAUCAAUGGGACUGUUGAAAGAGUGGCAAAUAAGGCCUUUGAGGAUGGGCUCUCUGAAGCGUCCUUGGACGAGCUUGUUGACAUCGUAACGCUGCCAAAUGAGCUCGACCAGGCCAGCAUCGCGAACAUUAUCAGAAAUUUGUACCCAGCCGCACAAAUAUCGGAUGAUACUCUUGUGAAAGUUAUAGGCUCUUUGGGCCAUGGACAAUCCAGAGCGGCUUUUCCGGUGCAGUCACUUCUGUUGAAGUGGCUGGUUAUGGUCUACGACUCCAUGAGGAGCCCGAAGAUAUUAUCUCAUGCAUACAGCUUCCUGUUCAACCUGCUCGAUACAAUUGCCAUAAGAUCGCCCCUGUGCCAUCUCCUGUCGCUGAUUACUCGCCGGAAACACGUGAGACCAUUCCGAAUUCAAUCGCUAUUGGAAUUAGCAAGGCGUUCCGGCAGUGAACCACCACUUGUCGGACUCAUCAGAGUCUACAAGGACUAUUAUCCAGAUGUCAUUGUUGGCCAGCUGACAGCGGGAAGAUCAUCGGUGUUUACGCAUCCAAAUCCCCAGUGGAAAGCCAGGUUGGCAGAGAUCCAAGAAGCAUAUGUUCAGAAAACUGUAGAUGAGCAACAAUCUCAACGUGACACCUUCCGAGUUGUGAGACGUGGCAUAAAUGGGGUAAAGAGAAGCAGGGUCUCUGUGAUACCAGAGGUGCACACCUCUAAUGCUCAAGAGACAUCGGUGACAUUGGAAGAAAUUGAGAAUGUUAGCGGCUUCGUUGGCGUGCUCGAGAAGAUAGAACUGCCCAACCAAUUGGUAGCUGUCAUGGGCGACCCCCUACUACAAAAGCUCCUGCAGCUGAAAUCUACAGAUGCGGUGAGGCAGCGAGUGGAUAACUGGCUUAUGGCAUUCUUUAAAGACCAGCUCGAAGGGGGUGGAUCAUCGGAGAGCGCUCUUUUGGACAUGUUAGGUUCAAUAUUGGAGUAUACUCGAUUCACAAAGGAUCUCCCACCGGCUUGCGCUAAAUAUCUCCAUUCCCUACUCGAAGACUGGAAUGGGCUUACAGGGCGCCCGGUUGUACUCGAUCUUCUUUCAUAUACUCCAAUUGCUCCAUUUGAAGAACUCUAUUUAUCAACCUUCCAGCCUCUGGAAUGGGCAAUCCUAGACGACACCCCGACUUCGCAGAUAGAUCUUCUCACAUUCUACACCUCCAUCCUCAGAAACUGGACUUCUGCUCUUCUCUCCAGCACCCCGCCAGCCUUCACAAGCACCACAAUUAGCGCUCUUACUACCCACGUUAAUGUUCUGGCUUUAACGAUAGUCCAAACAGGCCAUUUACAAAGCACCAUCACCCACCACUCGGUCCUUUACUUCUACGAAGCCAUGGCAGGCCUUCUCAGCCAACCCUCACUCCAAGCACAUGUGCGCAUCAUAACUCCGCCAUCAGCUCUAGUAUACACACUCCACUUCGCACCAUCACUAUCAACCUUCUCCCGCCUCUGUACCAUCCUCGCACUAUACAAACGAGCCUUCGAGACGGCAAUGUCGAAGCCCAUCCCCGCGCGACCAGACCCAGCCCAAGGAGCAACCCCAGAAUCAUACCCCAAAGAGUACGUCAACCAUUUCAACGGCUUCCUCAUGGACAUCUGCAACUGCCUGUGGCGAUCACGCGCGUUCAACACGACAGACACGAACGCCCUCGGUUGCCUCCUUCCGCCUCUACUACUCCCGAAAUUUACAUCCUAUGUCUCCUCCCUGGACACCGGCCUCACACUGCCAUUGCUAUUCACUCUCUCAUACUCUCCCGUCCUAUGCAACCUCUCGAUCUCGUAUCUGCGGGAGCUGGAGGAUAAGGCGGAUCAGGCAGAGGGCGGGAUUAAGAUCCGGCACGCGGGUCCGGUGACACAGAAGAGCUUGGUUACGCUUGGGAAAGACGGGGGGCUGCAGCUCAGCUGGGCGGAUUAUAGGUUAGGUGUGCUGACUUACUUGGAGCGGAGGGGUGCCAAGGGGGUGGGUGAGCUGAUGUAUAACACGAUGAAGCAUUUGAUGGCGGCGAGAGAGACAGCUGCUAAGGGUUGAGAGAUAGUGGCUGGGAUGAGGGUAUACCAGCUCACAUGUCGGUUCUGAAUUAGAGCACAAUGACAAGCGCAUUUUGACAUAUAGUAACGUGUAG